AUGAACCAGUGUCUCAUCCGGGCCUUCUCUGGAGUUGCUUUCCUUCUUGUGAGCACAGCACUCCUCUCCAUGAGGCAUUAUGUCAUCCAAAAGGACGUCAAUGACCAUAGUCUUGCAGGGCAACCCUUUCAUAGAUGGGCACAGCAUGAGAGGACAUCGGUGGAUACGAUGGACCUCAAUAGCACCAGGAAGCCAAAGCAUGAAAAGCUCAAGACCCUCACAGCGCAUUCCAGUAUUGGAAAAGGCCUGUUGCUUGAGGAACUCUUCUUUGCUGUAAAGACAACUUGGAAGUUCCACCAGACCAGGAUGGGAUUAUUGCUGGAUACCUGGAUAUCCCGGGUCAAAGAACAGACAUAUGUCUUCACAGAUAAAGAAGAUGAUGAGCUGCAGGAAAGACUGGGCAAUCACGUGAUUGUCACAAACUGUUCUCCUGAGCACAGCCACCCGGCACUUUCCUGCAAAAUGGCAGCUGAGUUUGACGCAUUUUUAGCUAGCGGCUUAAGCUGGUUUUGCCACCUUGAUGAUGAUAAUUACCUAAACCCCCAGGCUUUGCUGAAGCUCUUGUCUUCUUAUUCUCCAGAGCAGGAUGUUUAUAUCGGGAAGCCCAGCUUGAAUAGGCCAAUUCACGCCUCUGAAAACAUGCCUAACAACCAGACAAAACUGGUGUAUUUUUGGUUUGCUACUGGAGGAGCUGGAUUUUGUAUCAGCCAGAGCCUGGCCACCAAGAUGGCUCCUUGGGCAAGCGGCAGCAACUUCCUCAUCACCUCCGAGCGCAUCCAUCUGCCAGAUGACUGCACCGUGGGUUACAUCAUUGAGCGCAAGCUAGCGGGCCGCUUGAUCCCCAGUGCUUUGUUUCACUCUCACCUGGAGAACCUGCAGCAAAUCCGGAACGUCCAGCUCACCACGCAGGUUACCCUCAGCUAUGGCAUUUUUGAGAAGAAGUUCAAUGCUAUCAAGCUGGCUGGUCCUUUCUCCCAGCAAGAUGAUCCAUCCAGGUUCCGAUCACUUCAUUGCCUCCUUUAUCCAGACACUUCCUGGUGCCCACAGUCCACCUCCCAAUAG